GGCAGCCAUCCUUCAGUGUGUUUAGCAGCACAGCAGCAGUAGCGAAGAAGAUUAGGAAGAGACAUAUUUUUUCCUUCAUCACAGUCACUCCAUUACAAAUUUCAGUUCUUUUUAUUUUAAAAUAGUGCAACCCAAAAUAUUGCUGCUGUAAAGAAACACAUAAAUUCGGGAUUGGCAGAAAUCAGUGGCUCUUUCAAGGUGUAAAAUUCUGCCAUUUCCGAUCAAUUUUAAGGAAUACUUUUCUGUUCGUGCGGAGCAAUGUUUUAUCCACUGCAGACAACAUUCGAAGACGGAGAGAUUGAACUUGGUCGUCAGGAGAUUCUGGCCCACGAGCAACUAUCCGACAAUAAGCAUUCGCUCGCGGUGUCGCUUUCACUCGGAAAUACAUUGAUCAACCUGAACAGGAUCAAAUGUCCCCAGUGCAGGAAGCGAUUCGACACGAUGGAAGAAAUGCAGCAGCAUCGUACCAAACAUCUGACCGAGAACAAGUUCAAGUGCGAAAUUUGCGGCAAGGAGUUCCCUAGCCACAGCUCGAUGUGGAAGCACACCAAGGCCCACACUGGCGAACGUCCAUUUGUGUGCCAGAUUUGUAAUAAGGGAUUCACCCAGUUGGCUAAUCUGCAGCGGCACGAUUUUGUCCAUAACGGAUUGAAGCCUUUCAAAUGUCCAAUCUGCGAAAAGUGUUUUACGCAGCAAGCAAACAUGCAAAAGCAUCAACUGCUCCAUACCGGUCUGAAGCCAUACAAAUGUCCGGUAUGCCAGAAAGCAUUUUCCCAACAUGCUAAUAUGAUCAAACAUCAAAUGUUACAUACAGGGCUUAAGCCUUACAAGUGUCCAGUGUGCCAAAAGGCAUUUACUCAACAUGCUAACAUGGUUAAACAUCAGAUGCUUCAUACAGGUUUGAAACCUUAUAAGUGUCCCGUGUGCGAUAAAGCAUUUACUCAACAAGCAAACAUGGUCAAGCACCAGAUGUUACACACUGGCGUUAAACCUUACAAGUGUUCUACAUGCGGCAAGGCAUUUGCACAGCAGGCAAACAUGGUCAAGCAUCAAAUGCUUCAUACUGGCAUAAAACCGUACAAAUGUCCAACCUGUGGAAAAGCCUUCGCCCAGCAGGCGAACAUGAUGAAGCAUCAGAUGCUCCAUACCGGACUUAAACCUUACAAAUGCGGUACAUGCGACAAAGCUUUUGCCCAACAGGCCAAUAUGGUCAAGCAUCAAAUGCUACAUACUGGUAUUAAACCGUACAAGUGCAAUACAUGUGGCAAGGCUUUUGCUCAGCAAGCAAAUAUGGUCAAACAUCAGAUGCUUCAUACGGGAGUGAAACCCUACAAAUGCUCAGUAUGCGGCAAAGCGUUUGCCCAGCAAGCCAACAUGGUCAAGCAUCAGAUGCUUCAUAGCGGAAUUAAACCGUAUAAAUGUCCAACUUGUGAUAAGGCUUUCGCCCAGCAGGCCAACAUGGUCAAGCACCAGAUGCUGCACACUGGUGAAAAACCCUUCAAAUGCAAGAGCUGCGAUAAGGCGUUCUCCCAGCGGGCCAACCUGAAGAAGCACGAGAUGGUCCACCUGGGCAUACGACCACACACCUGUCCGCUGUGCUCCAAGUCGUACUCACAAUACUCGAAUCUAAAGAAGCAUCUGCUGGUGCAUCAGAAGCAGGCGCUCAAGCAGCAACAGCAGAACGGGCAAGUGAUGGUCAUUCUCUACAACUGCCAGACUUGCAAGAUGCAAUUUGAAAAUAUUCUCGAAUUCGAACGCCACACGCGGCAGUGUAAUGAACUGACCAAUGGAGGGCUCAAGAUGGAACACAUCAACAUAAAGAGUGAGAUUGACAUCGACGGUAGCUCCAGCUCGGGAAUGACUCAACACAUCACCAUACCUCACAGUCAGUCGCCCAACCAGCCGACUCCCAUGCACAUUCCGUCGGCUAUACUGACCUCGGUGAUUUCGAGUUCAGCCGCCGUGAGCAAUGCCCACACGCUUAGCGGUCUCCAUCCAACCCACCAUUCGGUGGUGACUACGGCGGCCCAUUUGCAGCACCCCCAGCAGCAGCACACGCCACCAUCUCAGCAUCAACAGCAAACCCAGCAGCAGGUUGCUCAUCAGCAACAGACACUGGCCCACCAACAACAUCCCUCCCUGCAGCAGCAGCACAACCUUCCGAUCCACCUGCAACAGCAGUUGUCCCAUCACCUGAUUUCCUCGCAUCUGCCACACCAGGAUCACGGACCCGCCGAUCUCCAUCACCAGGUCAACUUCCAUCAUCCGCACAUCCCACAUAUCCCGCACAAGAUCCUAUCGCCCCUGUUCCACAUUCCACCGUUCAACAACAAUCACAGCACAUAAUGGAACGCUCGCAAGGGACUUUCACUGUCCCAACAGCAACAUCAGCAGCGACUAGCAGGUGGUCGUGGGGGUGAACCGUUAUCGUUGGAAACUGCGAGCAGAACACCAACGUUGGCCGCCCACAGCAACAACAAUAACAAUCCAAUGGCUGUUAUAAGUCGGACUGAACUAAACGUCCCCAGCAGCGGACACUGCGGCUCGCGUGCAGGUGGUACCCCACAGCAACACUAAUCAAAACAGAAAAAAAACACAAAGCGAAAAAGUACUACCUAAAUACCUAGGCUACCUACUAAAGAAGGUAAUUUUAUCUUAUAAUGGAAGGAAGAGAAAGAGGAAAACAUUGUAUUUGCAUAAGAAACUAGAAUGUUGACAAUUUAGGAACCAAUACUCAGAGAGUAUUACUACUGCUAAAUAGGCUACUUUUAGGCAAGCGGACGGCUCUGUGCGCCCUCCUCGCCUCGCAUUGCUGGUUAGACAGAGACAGGUAGCGGCGGUGGGCGCGCGCAGAGAUCAUCGAAAGUUAUUCUUAUUUGGUUAGGAUUCGAUUAUAGAUUCUAAUUAUUGAGAAAUUGAACAUACUUAUUCAAUAAAAACAAAAGAGUUUCUUUUUUAAAUAGUUUCUUUCGCUUACGAAUGAUGUACAUAGGAAAAAAAAUUAAAAGUAUGAUUUAGUUGUUGACCUAUCAGGAAAACAUAGGAUAAUAGCGCUUUGACAAAUGUGUUGACAAAUGUGUUGCCGACAUCCAAUUCAACCGCUAGCCAGCCAGAUGAAAAAAGUAAAAAGGUUUUUGGAAGCGCGUUACUUAGCUAAACAUUGCCACCUUAGAACGGGGAUUAGGUAUGUGUAGCAGGUGCUUAUUUUUUAAAAGGGCAGUUUUCGUGUAUAGAACCCACGGAAGCAAACUGAUGUGAUAUGUUGAACCAGUUAGAGAAUGUUAAAAAAAUCAUCUGGUGGCAAACGGAUGAUUGGAAAAAGGCGUUUUCAGGAAAUAGAAUGUGUCAUCCAAAAUUUUUGGGAGGACUUUUUCGAAAGCAAUCAACUUCUAAGGAAAAUCAGACGUAUGGAAAUUUUGUUGUUGAAAAUGUUAUCAAACUUCUUUUUAACCUAGUACAGUGCGAAAUGGAACUUAGUUUGUUUGAACGAAAUGAAAUACACACAAACACUUAGCAAUUAAAAUCCAUUUGAAAUCAACAAUUUUGUGGAAGAAUACUUACUUUAUGUCGUGUAUUCAAUCGUAGUUCUUGCUGCAGUUUAUCGAGGCAUUUUUCUAAUCAGGCAUUAAGUUCUUAAGCAGUUGGUUAUAAAUUGCGUUGAAAGGUGGUUCUCAUCAAUCAACGGGAAAGAGCCCUCUGUUCAUUUUGUUUUCAAAUUCAACAAAAGUUGAACAUUAGAAUUUUGUAUCUUUCAUGGAAAAGUUCCUAGCGCAUUCGUUUCGUUCAAUGUGUAUUUUUAAAAAAAAACCUGAUUGAAAAUCUCAUCUAGCGUUACACACCAACCAAUUAUGGUAUCACGUGAAGGUAGUUUUAAACAGGAUAACUAUUAUUACAAAACACUCGGUAAUAUUUUUUUAAUGAUUUAGGAAGGUAUGGUUUGUCUCUAGCAUAGAAACCCGAUCUCGUAGGCUUUCGUGUGUCUGUUUCUUCAAACACAUUUGGACGGACGCGCGCUAUACGGAUGAUGGAGGUAUAUGAUCUCACUCCGGAAGGAAAGAAAAACAGUUGAUCAAAGUAAGGAGAACCUAGCUCGAGUGGCCAUUUUGCAUCGCAAGAAAACUCUUUUUGACAUACACACAGGACAGAGGAUAAAGUUGACAUAUGCUCCUAAUUUACUACUAGUCGCCAAAUCAACAACUAUACGAGAAUUAUGCUUAAAUGUGAAUUUGUAGAAAUGUAUCGCAAAUAAAAACCAAGUGGCUAGAACUGUAGGAAUCAAUAAAUUAAAACACAGCUCCCCUGGUGGAGUUGUAGCGUUAAGAUAAGAUGCAAGAAAGAAAAAAAACAAGAACCAUAGACUGCUUCUGCUGGAAAAGCUACUAAAACAAGGAAGGACGUCCUUAAUUUCCGGCAAAAAAAAACAACACAAUAACUGUAAUGUUUUACUUUUAAAUUUGUACCGCGCCUGUGACAUUGAAUCUGAUAAACCAAGUUUUCAACAAACGACUGACAGCAGAUGAAGAUUUCUCAAACAGGUUUCGUUUUCGUUUUAUGCCAGUGAAAUCGAGACACAACCAAGUUCAGUUCACAAACACGUCUUCCACAGUACAGAAAAAUCCGAUGAGGGUCGAUUGCAAAACUAAUUCAAUGAUUCGAUUCAAUGUGCUACGCGUUUUAAUUCUCGAAAUUAGGCGUUUACCCUCAUUAAUAUUUUCGUUUUUCUAACCCGUUCAAGAUUCAAGAGAGAAGAAACUACAUCGACAUAUGAUUGUUGUGAGACUUCACUCUGUCGAUAAUAACUGAGAAUAGACCGAUUGCGCAGUGAAUCAUUAGAACGAAUAGAUUUCAGAAUCGAUUGACUUAUUUUUUAUAAACAGACGAACGUUGACAAGUUUAAAAAAAUCGUCUAAGAAAACAUUCAAAUGUUAAUGAUCAAAUAACUAAAAAAAAUCACUAAAUUACUAAAUUGUGUCUAGUAAAUAUACCGUACAGGCCCCAGGUUCUUCUCAGGAUGUUUCGGUAGGCUAUUCUUAGACCUUUGGGACAGUUAGCCGAAAUAAUAUGAUGACUCAUCUCGAGCUCUUCUUACGACAGAAAUCAGUCAGUGCACAGAUUUAUGCUUUUCGAGUUGACCAUUUCAUGCUGAAAAUUUACUCAUUCUAAUGAUUCAAGCAACAAAUAGGUAAACACGUGAAUGCACAUCAAACUUAUACGUAUAAAAUUUAAAGAAGCUCCUUGCAAUUCAUACAAUAGAAUACAACAAUGAAACAUGUUGUUAAUCAUUCAAGCUGGUAAUAACAUAAAAUAGCAUUGAAAGAAGAAAAAGGAACUCCAUUAGUCGUAUAAAUCAAAACCUAUUUUAAGAAAUAAAAAAAGAAACCAAGCAAACUAAACCACUAGUAAACACUUUAAAUAUUAAACACCUAGGUUGAGAAACAGAAACUGAGUAAACAAAACAUAAAUGCUAAACACAAAAGGGUGAUACAUACGAUUAAAACGAGCAAAGUCAUUUUAUAUUAAGCGCCAUCGUAGAAAUCGAUGGCAGUCACACAUGCAAGAAGAAUAAGGAACGAGCUGUUAACUAAAAAAAGGGAAAAACAAACAAAACUAAAGGAGUAAAAAAGUAAGUGCUUGACUGUAGACUUAGUAGUAGAUAUUGUAAAAAGAAACAAAAUCAUUAGGCACGAAGAUAGAGAAAGCUACGUGUAGUCUGCCGGAGGAGCGAGCACACCUACGACACGCGGAUAAGCCCGGUGCAAAACAGAGGCAUUGAUUGGAUCUACUAUACAGGUUGGCUUCCGACGGAAGACGCUUCCAAGAAGCAAUUCCGUUCCGGAAAAGUUCAGAGGAUUCGUACAUAUAUCACACGUGUAUGUAAUCGAAAAAUAAAAACAUUUAUAGAACAGAAAGGCUGUAGAACUCUCCCCCAGAAAGAAGUUGGCUGUUGAAACAAGAGUGCAUGUGUUACCUAUAUAUACCUAUUAUUACACUAAUCAUCAUCAUUGAUAUACGAUGAGAAAACCGUAUAUAAACGCAGAAGAAAGUCAGUCUGUAAAAACAAAUAUGCUAAAAAAUCGCAAGUGAAAGUGAAAAAAAAACAUAAAAUUAAUCAUAAUAGAGGAUGUAAAGCAAUGCUGUUCAAAACAGUUUUAUUUAGCGAUACUACGCAGUGCAAAAGAAAAAUCUUACAAAAAAUAAACAAUGUGAGUAGUGAUGAUGAGAGAUCAUAACCAGAAAUCAGAAUGGAAGCAGGAACGAGUAUAGGAUGUUUUUAACGAAUCCGUGAAAGUAAGGUGGUACUUUUAUAUUGUUUUACUGAGCGUGAGUCAACUAGGUAAAUAGGAAGCAAAUCAAAAAAAGCGUUACGCGGGAAGUGAAUUAGGAAAAAAAAUUCUAUGCAAGUGAACAUGUUACAGUUACGUUGAAACGGUUGAAAAAAAGUAUCACAUUUAUUGAUAUACUUAUACGGCUUAUAUUUUGUUACGAACACCCUCUCACAAUCCCUUGCAUUCAAUAUAUCCUACUUAUAUGUAAUGUUAAUUCGCAAACUAAGUGCAUUAAAACAUGAAAUCACACAAACAAACAAACACACAGAAGAACACACCCGUACAGUUAAUAGGAGGGAUGAUCACAUGAUUUUGUUUUUGCUGCCGUCGUAAUCAAACAACACGUAUCAUUAAAAAGAAAGUUUGUUAUAAUGAUUUAAAAGUAUGAUUUAGAUUUCUCAAUCUUUUUUUAAAUACGCCUUCCUAUUAUUAUUAUUAUGAAAUGACGCGAAAUCAAAUAAAAUCUACACAUAGAAGCUUAUAGUCAUUAAUAAAA